AUGGUUACUGUGAACCUAGGCACUGUGUACAAGGGUAGCCCUAGCGGCAAGAUUGUCGAGUCCCAGGGCGGUACUCGUGAGCUGCGUCCUAGGGAUGUGGUGAUUGAGAUUGCCUACUCGGGUCUCUGUGGUACGGACCUGCACUACCGCAACGCGGACAUGGUGCUCGGCCACGAGGGCGUGGGUGUCGUCUCCCAGGUGGGCCCCGAAGUCACCAAGAUUAAGGUCGGCGACCAUGUGGGCUGGGGCUACAACCACGGUUCGUGUGGCUACUGUGACCAGUGCUGGAAUGGCUUCGACAUUCUGUGUGCCGAUCGCCAGAUGUACGGCCAGGCGGACCUGGACUUUGGUAGCUUUGGUGACCGUGCCGUCCUGGAUGCUCUGUUCGUGCACAAGCUGCCUGAGGGUAUGGACCUGAGUCUCGCUGGUCCCCUGCAGUGUGGUGGUGCGACGGUGUACUCGGCCAUUGUGAAUGCCGGCGUGAAGAUGAACGAGCGUGUGGGUGUUCUCGGUCUUGGUGGUCUGGGUCACCUGGCGAUCCAGUACCUCGCCAAGAUGGGCUGCGACGUGGUCGUGUUUAGUGGCUCGGACAACAAGAAGCAGCAGGCACUCGAACUCGGCGCCAGCGAGUUUGUGGCUACCAAGACGAACCCGAAGUUCGAGGGCGUCAAGCCGGUCAACUACCUGCUUGUGUCGACGAGCUUCCAGCCGGAAUGGAAGCAGUACUUCAACGUGCUCGCUCCCCGCGCUACGAUUGUGCCUCUGACAGUCAGCUUUGAGGAGAUGAAGCACCCGUACGCUGAGUUGCUGUUCUAUGAGUACAGCAUCACGGGCAGCCUCGUCGCCCGCCGUGUUAUCCACCGCCAGAUGCUCGAGUUCUCGGCGCGCCACAGCAUCAAGCCUAUCGUUGAGAUGCUGACUAUGGACGAGGCGGGUGUCAACGAGGCGUUUGAGCGUCUCGACAAGGGUGACGUGCGCUACCGCUUCGUCCUGAAGAACCCCCGCUUCAAGUCGCCUGUCUAG